GUCUAGUGACAGAUGUGCGUCCCAAAUUCCUAACGAGGGAUGAGUCACGAAGUAUACCCCCUAAGAUGUCUUUGUUAUAAUUUUCUUAAGCCAACGGCGAUGAGUCAUGCACGAACGAAAGAUUUAUUUCGUAAAAUCAGGUAUUUAAAUUGAAACGAGAGGUAACUGACCAUAGCCAACCUGUUUGUGUAGAACCGGAGACCGACUUACCGUAAAAGUAUUACACAAGCGGAAUAUUAAAACGGGUUUCUUUUUACACAAUGCGAGGGUUUUACAUUUCCAAUACUUGUGUAUCAAAUAAGUUUGGGAUCUACAAGGAAGAUAUAUGAAAAGGGUCAAGAUGACGACAAUAGUGAAUCGCGGGUGUAUUAAAGAAAUUGAAAGGUGGUGAACAAAUCUUUAUGAAAACACCCCUACGCUAACCAUCUGCUUUUGGAUGUGUGGGAACAUCGAAGAUAUCCCGAUUCCCACGCCCUACACAUACAUUUCCCUUCCUUGUUGAAAUCAUGCACGCCAACAUAUGACGGUUUCACUUGGAUGGACCGGCCGAAAUAUGCACACCUGCCCCUAUGCCGAGCGCUCAUAGGUUCGGGGAAAUUGUUGUCAGUUCCCCUACUUCACCCUUAGGGCUAAGUGACGUCACACCCUCUAUAUAACCAUCUGCACUUGUUCGAAAUUUUAUUAUUCGCCUACGUGCUUCAAAGUUAGUUUUCUCGUGCUCAACAAUAUGUCAACCUACAACGAUUUUUUGGUUUCGUCGAACAACUCGAUCAACGAUAACAAGAUCAACGCGAAGAAGGCGCGCUCGACGACGCAUCAGAUCAAGCAGCUCCUGAGGCCACUGCUAGAUCUUCUCAAAACCCACAAGCGCAACACAUACAAGAAGACAGUGCAACCGGAGGAGUGCGACUGCGAAAUGGACCAGAACGCCGCGAACGAGCUUCUGGAAUCGAGAAUCUUUGAGGAGGUCGACUCGUGCGACGAUCUCGCCGCCGUUCCCGUUUACAGCGAAGGCCGCAUGGACCUGCUGCAAGUCUUUCGAGGUCAGCGUUACAUCCCCGUGCACUUCGCAAGGACGGAGGCGGGCACGUUCUUCUGGACGUCGAUCGUCGGCGCCGACGGCGACAUUUGCGACAAAAACUCGAUCACCACGCAUCAAACACCCGAAAUGCAAGUCGCGUGCGACCGAUGGGCACAGGCGUAAGUCCCUCGACAUUUGCGCAAUUACUCUUGUAAAACUGAUACCUUGUGAUAGUAGUACGUAAGCUAAUUUGUAAGACUUUCACUAAUUUGAUGUGUGAUACAUGCUUUAAUUUUGAUGUUUAUGUCUUCCAUUUUCGUAGAUUAUAAGAAUAAAUUUUUUUACUUUA